CGGAGGCUGAAAUAGAGAUAGAGCAACCGACCGAGACACUGGGAGCGGCACAAGAGAGCGAGAGCGGGCAAGAGCUGAAACCGCCCUUUUACCCUCUUGGGUCCUUUCUCUUCCUCGAGACCCUUCUCUCUUUUUUUCUUUCCCAACAGCUCCAUCCUAAACCGCGAGCAUGACCGACAGCAGCCAGAAGGUGGAAGACGUGGCGGAUCUGAGCGUCGACAAGGCAAUCGCCCGCAAGAAGAAGCAGUACCCGCCGCUCCGCUCCCCGCAGCGCCGUAAGAAGACGGGCCCCACCGUCACCCAGCGUAUCCUGCAGGUAGCUGCCGCCACCAAGGAGCGGCGCGGCAUCUCUCUGCCCGCCCUCAAGAAGGCUCUGUCGGCCAAGGGCUACGACGUGAGCCGCAAUAACACGCGGAUCAACCAAGCGGUGAAGAACCUGGUCCGCAACGGCUCCUUGGUGCAGACGGCGGGCAUCGGGGCUUCGGGCUCGUUCCGCUUCAACCGUUCUCGCACCCGCGCUGAUACUCCGGCGCUGGGCUUAGGGGGACCGGGAGUACAAGGCGGCGGCAGCACUCUUGCCGCGGCUGCCGCCUCGGCCAAGGAGGAAACCGGUGGCGGCGCCGCCUCCGCCCUCAAGAAGAAAACUUCGACCGCCAAAGCUACAGCGACCUCGUCCAAGAAGUCAACUCACGUCAAGAGCUCGGCCACCAAAAAGGGACGAGGGGCGGCCGUUGCCAAGCGGCGGAAAGCGGCGUCUGCCAAGCACAGAAAGGCGACGCCAUCGGCUCGUCGCAAGCUCAAGGCCACCGCCCGGCGACCCAACCGUGGCGCAGCCGGUAGAGCGGCGCGUCUUUACCGCAAGAACAAGCCGCUCCGCCUCGGCGGUGGCAGGAAGGGGGUGUCUGGGCCAAACAUGCGGCGCCGGCGGCCGCCCGGAGGUAAACCCAAAAGACCGGUAGGGCGCCCGAGGAAAUACUCGACCUUCGCGGCCAAGAGAAGCUGCUACUCCCGGCGGUAAACAAGUUGA